AUCAUGAAUACGUCGGCAAAAAUUGUAAAAAUUUCUCUCACAGCAAUCGAAAAGCGACCUGAAGUUGCUGGGCGUGAAGGUGAGCUUAUGAAGAAUGUUUGUAAAGUAUUGUACGUAGUUGAUAUCAGAGAAACACACUUCUUUCUUCCUUAACGUCACCGAAAUUGUAAGAAACAAUAAAACAGCCUAAAAUUUAUCUAGAAAUGAUAGCCAAGAUCUUUUCAAUUCGGCUUAGUUAUGAAAUUUUUGUUGUAGACAAUGCUCCAAAUCUCGAAAGUAUCAUCAACGCUUCUGUCAAGUCACUUAAGAGUGGUAACGUGAUUGCUAUUCCAACUGAUACCAUCUAUGGGGUAGCAGCCUUGGCGCAGUCCACUGAAGCAGUCACUAAGUUGUAUGAAAUCAAGAGGCGACAUGAAGAGAAGCCAGUUGCAAUAUGUGUUGGGAACUUGGAAGAUGUAUAUAAGUAAGAUCUACUGAUGGACUAUCUGUCAUUUCCUAAGACCCUGAGCUGCUAAAAUGAUGCCUUUGAUUACAGAGUGCUUUAAAAAAGUUAAUCUAAGCACAGCCAUCCCUAAAACAAUUCAGGAGUUUCAACACAUUGUAUAGGGGACCAGUAGAUUUGUCCUGUGGGUAGGAAUUAAACAAUUGGAUGAUUCAAGGAAGUUGAUAUUUUCUGAGGGCAGCAAAGGGUUUAAGCCCAAAAUUAAUGCAUGAUGCAUGGAUUUUAUGAAAAGGCAAAGAAAAGUGAGAUUUAAGGUUUCCCCUUUUAAAUUUGUGCUGUGGAAGUACUGUUUAAAGCACAUGGAAUCAGGAUCCCUCUUUGCUAACCUCUACAAUGAUUGAUUGAGUGACUGAUUGUUUCAUUAAUUGUUUGACAGGGUUUGUAAAGAUCAUGGGGUGCUCCAGAAGUUCUAAGAUAUCACUUUUCACUAAGUCUAAAUCAGUGAAAUCAUGCCAGAUAACUGAAAAUUAUUUGUCUUUUAAAGAACAAAGUAGUUAAUGCUGUGACUGUAUGACUGCAUCUGCAUGAUUUUAAAAGCAACCUCUGAAUCAGAGGUGGUGGAAAACAACAACCAUGUUCCAGAAAAAUUCACAGAAUUUGACAACCAAAGAAAAAUGGAAGCUUUUUUUCUUAUACUUAUUGAUUGAACUACUUGUUGAUUGCCCACGGUCUUUUUUAUAUACAAUGCAGGUCAUUAUUUCAGAUGCAGUCUUACUCUUCUUGUCAACACUUGUUUAUUGUUUAUUGGCAAGAUAAAAAAGGUUGCUAAAGUAAUUUUGCAGCUGGGAAACCAGGGAUCUUUAUGUUUACAUGAGGUUAAGUUGAUCUGGUUUAGCCCCAGCCACAGGAAAUGUUUCUUAUAAAUGCACUUUAUUUGACAGACACUAACUAUAAAAUUGUUUUUAGCAAAAAUACCUAUUUCCCUCUAUAGCAAGUUCAGUUACUAAAUAUUCAGGGGUCUUUCUAGAAGAAUUCAAUGAUCUUUCUUGUAGAGGUGAAUUCCUUCGCUACAGAAUGUUAACAUGGCUGUCCUCAAGGAUUGCUGUAUACAGGCUGACUAAAAGAUCCCAGAUAGCUGAUCAGCAUUGCAUCUGAAAUCCUUGCUUUCUGUAGCUGAAUUUUGUUAUUCCCAUGAUCACAUAGCAGUUUACUUAAUUUCUUUUGGAUUUUCAGAUGGGGAAAAGUGACUGUGAGUAAAGAAAUUCUUCAAGACUUGCUUCCUGGGCCUGUGACAUUAGUAUUUGAAAGGACUGAUCAGUUAAAUCCUGGGUUAAAUCCAACAACAAGACUUGUUGGAAUCAGAAUUCCUGAUCAUGAUUUUGUGCGGCAAUUGAGUUUAGCAUGUGAAGAACCACUUGCUUUGACCAGCGCAAAUGUGAGCACUGUGGGACAAAGCAGUUUGAAAAUUGAGGUAUGGUAAUUCUAUGCAUAGGGCUUGCCCAAGAAGUUAAAAAUGUGAUAAGUGCUAAUCCAGGUUUUACCACCUGGAAAAUGUUAUGCCAUACAAGUAACCCAAGAAAAAGGAUAAUUAGUAUUUGGGCAACUCAGCCCAACCAAUGUAAAGUUGGCUGGGCUGGGAAAGAAAAUCAGUAAAAGCUACAAUCAGAAUUAGUAGUUUGAUAAUUUUAUCAUUCAUAUGUUUCCUUGUAUAGAAAACCAAUAACCCUCUCACUCCCAGAAAUCAUUAGUGAUUAUCCUUACUGUCUGUCAUACAACUGUCAUGUUGCUAGUUCAGGAAUUUGGUAUUGGAUCAACUAAUAAUCCCUAUCAGGACAAUUUUUUUUAAAAUCUAAUUUCUUGUCUUCUUGAUAUUGUAGGGUUGUUUUAAGGACAAAUUCUGUCUUGGUCACUCUUGGGAGUACUUAAUUUUUGAUACCUGUUUGUUUCAGGAAUUUAAAGAAAUUUGGCCAAAACUAGAUUUAAUUCUUGAUGGUGGAGUGUUAGGAUUGACUGAGCAGUGUCGCAAAGGUUCAACUGUUGUUAAUUUGUCAGUUCACGGCAAGUUUUCUAUCAUCAGAGAAGGCAGGUAAUGGAACAGAAACUUGAAUCUCUGAUUACUGCUUUGCUGGUCACAGUCAUGCUUUAAAUAUCUAUUGCAACCAUGUUUCCCUGAUUUCAACGUAUCAGUAAACUAAUUUAAUUUGAGUGUACAGAGCUACCAUGCAAGCUAUUGUCAAGGGUAAAAUCACACGUGACUACAUCAUGAGACAAACGAAAAACUUAGCUUUUAUUGUUAUUCACCACGAUGAAUAACCACAACCUUUUCCACGAAAUUAUUGUCAAGGGGUUGCGAAAUAACAACCAUUUUAUCCUUAACCCAUUACACCCUAACAUCAGUAUGUAUAUUCUCCAUACUGUGCUCUAUAUAUUUCCUAAUGUGCUGACAAGGAGAAUUUGUUUGGCAAUCAAGAGCUUCUUUAGUUGGUGGUCAUUUUGUUUAUUCAUGUGACCUUCAUGUUUGAUUCAGAGGUGACAUUAUGAGGAGAAAUAAGACACUAGUCACUCCAAGAGGUAAAAAGUUAAAUGAAAAGUCCAUUUUACUAUCUAUUGGGCAUUUUAAACUUACAGAGCUAUUUUUGUUUCUUUCUAGUGCCUAUGAUCAAACAGUGAACAUUCUCAGCAGAAAAUAUGGUUUAGAGGAUUGCACUAGCUGA